AGAUACAACCCUGGUCACAAAGAAAAGCGGUAGACUGGUCCGUAUGAUUAUUGGUGCAGCGAUAUUCAUAAUAGCAGAGAUAGUCACACCGCCUGCAAAAAGCCAUUUCCCGCCAAAACUGUCAGCGAGCCACCCAACCGGUCCAUUCAUGACAGCAUAACCAAUGUAGAAAGAGGCAAGAAGAAGGCCUUGUGUGUUACUGCUCCAUUCAAAUUCGGUUUGCUGCAGAGUAUAAUAGAGAAAGAGGGGAAGAUGGAGAGAGAGGGGAUAGAGAGAGAGAUUGGUUAUUUCUAAAAUAGUCAUUUUCAGGCGCCCGCCAAUCAAAGGAGUUCGGACAUGACUAGGAAGUGUUGGGGAAGCAAUUGUGUAAUUUCUGGGCACAAUUGCAUAAAAAAAAUACUAUCGUAAUUAACUUUGCCAUCCAAAGGUGUGUUUUGUGUUUCCGUUGGUACCAUACUAUGCCUUGAGGUUGGUACCUUACCAUGGUAACAAUGCUAAGCAGAAUGAAGGAUUUCAAGGUAGUUACCACUGAAUGGCAAAGUUCAUAUACUAGUAACAUUCAUUCAUGCAACGGCAUUCUCUCCGGAAAUUCUUGGUUUCCCCCAGCAUGCACACUCCAUUCACGGUACACGAGUUAUUCAUGUGAAUGAAAGGUCAAUAGUACACUGGUUCCCGUCGGCCUUUGAUGUGAUUUCACAUCUGCCUAUUGGUGAGGAUUCGUUCUUGCCCAAGCUUCUGGAAACAAACCUUUUGCUUUAAAUCAUGGAAAAGACAAAAAUGAAGUAUACUCUGAGUGAUCCAGACUACUACACAGAGAUGUACCAGGUCUAUGCAAAGAAAAGCAACAAGUAUUCACACUUGCUAGAAUGGACAGAGAACAUAUUUCCCAAAAUGGUGUUGCAGAAAUUGAGAGAGCGCUUCUCAGCAGAAACACAUAUUAAUGUGCUUGGAAUCGGGACCGGAUCGGGAGAGAUGGAUCGCAAAAUGGCGGGAAUCAUCAAUGGCCAUUUCAAGUCUGUUCGGAAUGUAGUGGUGGAGCCAGCGGAAAAACAGCUUGCUAUCUAUCGCUCUGUUCUAGAGAGCGACAAGUCCAAAUUCAAAGGCAUUGAUUUUGACCUCCGUCAGAUGGUCUUUGACGAGUAUCGUGAGCACGAGGGCGAGCAUCCACCCAAAUACCACUUCAUCAACGCUAUGCAAUCCAUUUACUACAUCGAUGACGUUAACGAUACCUUAAGAUAUCUCUAUGCCUCCUUGGAGGAGGGCGGGGUUAUGUUGAUAACCACUCUCUCGGAUGCAUGUGGUUUCCAGCUGGUGUGGAACCGCUUCCCCCAAGUACAGGACGUGGCCGGACCAUACCCAGGCACCAACGAUAUCCGACAGAGCCUGUUGGAUCUCAAUAUCAAGUUUGAAGAAAAUCACCAGAGAUUAUACGGGGACAUAACAAGCUGUUUCCAGGAAGGGUCAAAGGAAGGGGAACUCAUCGUCGAUUUCUUUAGUCAAAUCAUCGAUCUCCGUGGUACGUCGCCCGAGCUCUAUCAGGAGGUUGUCGAUUAUAUGGGUUCGGAGCAGUGCUCGGAGAAAAAGAAAGACGGGACAAUUCUCAUUAACAGCGACUGGGACGCGUUCGUGGUGUACAAACCACUCUCCAUCUAAAUAAAUACUCUAAACAUUCUGUAGAAGAAUAAACGGCAUCCAGACAGUAUUGAUACAAGCACAAAAUGAGGGACGAACAGUUAGACCAAAAUCAUCAAAGAAUAAUAGAGCUAUAAUUCUAAAAAUUUUCACUUUGUAAACUCGUAUGCAAGCAGCUACUCCAUGUAACAUUUUCUUUUCUUUUUAUAUUUUAUACAUAUUGUAACGAACUCCAUUUCUGCUUUUAUGUCAUAGAGAGCUUACAGAGUCUGUAUACAUAGACUAUGCGGAAAAAGUGCUGGGGGUUCUGUGAAUUAACGAAAAUUAGCAAAAAUCGCAUAUUUUAUGAACAUGUUGGAGUUGUCAUGGUCUCUUCUGAUUAAUUGUAAAAAAAGAAGUUGUCUAAGCAUAACCCAGUCGUUUUAUUUGAGAAAGCAGGCCGAUUAGCAAAGUUAAUGAAGUUAUUGUAGCUAUUGUAGUCAUUUUAGUAACUAUUUUAUCGAAGUUUUAGUAAAUGCAUAAAUAUGAGGAAUCAUUGGAAAAUGGGAGAAUAGUCUUUUAAAGCUUAGCCCAUUGCACAGGGCCCGCCUUACCUUUCAUGGGUCUCAUAUUUGUUCUGUGCACUGAUUAAUAUUUAAUCUUUGAUAAAUUAAAGGCAGUGUUUCCAUAGAUCCAACACAAAUUUCCCGAAACUAAAUACCAAAUUUCCCGAAAUUCAUACAUUUCCUAGAAUUUUCAAGUUUUGAAUUUUAACAAACAUGGGGCAACAAUACAGCGAGCCUAAAUUUGGUCCAAAUGACGAAAAACAAAGAAUUUAACAUUUUUUUUUGUUCAUGCCCUCUUUAGAAAUAGGAACAAAAUUACAAAAUGCGAGCGCAGGGCGCGAGCGGAAAAUUUUGAGCUACUUAUCGAGGUAAACACUUCUUUAAGGUAUAACAUGAAUAUUAAAAGUUGCCAUGUUUUAAUUGUAAUUUUGGGAUUUCACGGAAUUACCUAAAAAAAAAACCCGGAUUUGUUCAUUACCUUAAAAUGAUCAAAAUUACCCGGAAUUUGGGUAAUUAUUUCCUUCAAAGUGGAAACACUGGUCAAAGGUAAAGAUCAAACUUAAUCCUA